CAAACGCGCCCACGGAUGCCCCUACAGACGCCUCAACAACGGUGCCCACAAUGACACCAACUGCCACGCCGUCACCAGUCCCCACGCACUCGAGUGCGUUCUCACAAAUCGACUCGGACAGCAACGGUCUGCUCGAUCUCAGUGAGGUCGAAGGCUAUGUGAACUCGAUCAAGGAAAAGGCCAUCGCUGACAUCAACACUGGCGCUGCUGCCGCAACGGCCUCCAUCACCGAAAGCUUUAGCGCCAAGAUCAAGUGCAUUCGAGAUGCCUUUAGCCAGCUUUACGGAUCGAGCCCAGGCAUCCCGAACGACAGUGCACUUCAAGCGUUCUUUCAGGUCGUUGAUGUCAACUGUGGCACUCUUGUGACACCUACGCCGACGACAUCUUCGCCGCUUCCGGUGCAAUUGCACUACGCGCAUUCGGACGUCAUCGACUACGUCACCAAGACGCUUCAAGCGUCCACAGACUUUAUCAACUGCACGUCCUCGGCCUUGAGCAAGUACCCGGCCAACCAGCCCCUCAGCUACGACGACGUUCAGGUUUUGCUGUACACUGUUCGCCACGUCUGUCUCCUACCGACUACGCCCGUUGUGACAACGGUGACGCCGGCGCCGACAACCGCGACGCCGGAGCCAACGACCGUGACGCCGGAGCCAACGACCGUGACGCCGGAGCCAACGACCGUGACGCCCGAGCCAACGACCGUGACGCCCGAGCCGACAACCGUGACGCCCGAGCCUACCACCAGCUGGGUUUCAACGCCGACGCCGGCCCCGACCAACUAUGAGCCGACCCUUGACGAGAUCAAGAACGAAGCUGCUCAGGCGCUCGUCCAGAUUGCAGCCUCGUCUGGAAGUCCGAUCACUGCGGACCAGGCCAAGACGACUGUGGCCCAAGUCCAAGGAGCGUUGGAGGCAAACGUCACGACGAUCUGGUUCAACUCGCCGGACGCGCGCGCCAUCGUGCUCACGUACCUCGUCGAGUACUUUGCGACGCUCGACAAGUGCAUCGACGUCGGUGUCGACGUCUUUGGCUUCAACGGUGUUGUGCAGCCCACUAAAAUUCCGUCGCUUGUCUCGUGGAUCCGCGAUCUGUGCAUGCUCCCGUACCCGUUUCCGCUCCCGGCGGAUACCAACCGCGACGGGUUCGUCAGCGAGCUCGAAAUCGACACGGGGCUCGUCCAUCAGCGCAACACGGAGCUCGCGACCGUCAACAACGAUCCGGCCAAGUUCUUCGCCAUCCGCGCCACCUUUGACGCGAUUCUUCAGUGCGCGAGCAGCGCGUUCGCGAUCUUUGCCAACGCGACGACGCACGUCCUCAACCCGGCAGAGUAUUUGGGCUUUGAGACGUACACCAACACGACGUGCACAAAGCCAUUGAUCGACACGGACACCUCGGGGGCCCCAACCGAGGCGCAACUCGGUGCGGACGUCACGCUCGCGAACGCACACGCCAUCUUCGAGUCAAACAAAGCCAGCGAUGUUGCGCUCGCCCUCAACACGAGCGCGCUCCAGUCGCUCGCGAUCGAAGACCACUACCUUCUACUGCAGAGCUGUUACGACGACGCGUGGUCGACCGUCGGCCCGUCGCCGUACAACGGUCUCCUGCAGAAUGUCACGCAGUGCAUGACGAAUGCCAAGGCCAACACGCCGUCCAAUCUCCUCGUGCUGCCCAAGCCCGACUUCCGCUCGCUCCUCAACGCAUCGUAUGUGACAGAGUACGCGUCACUCGACGCGCAGAUUGCAUCGCUGCACCAGCAAGAGGUCGCGCUCAUCGCCAAGGAGACCGCGCUCAUCGCGUGCGUCUCGCAGGCCACCGAAACGGUUGCCAACGGCAAGGACCGCGUGCCGCAGCGCUUCUUGCCGCGCGCCGAGACCCUCGUCAACUCGUGCUACGCCAACGCUUCUUAAAGCGCGCUCUUGAGCAUUAUUCGCCUCAUGCUGUAGUCCACCCUGUCUUCCACUAUAUGUAAACCGCUGUGUAUAAUCGAUCCCUUGCAUGACAUCUUAUUGCAUUACAUUUUCUUAUUGCACAA